CCCAUAGAAUUCCUUUCCGAGAUCUUGAGGGAUGCAGGAAACAGAUCGCCUGGGUUUGAAUGCAGGCUUCACCAAAGCACUACGGUGUGGCUUGGGCCUCGGUUUUCCCUUCUAAGAGGCACUGUUUUAAGGGGUAACCUAGAACAGCUGUGAGCUAACCCCUUGGCACACAGCAAGUGCUCGGUAGAUGCCAGUAUCACCGCCUCUUGUCCUGCCCAGGCACAGCCUCUCGCUCCACAUCGCACCUUGCAGAGUGGGCAGAAGGUCCCCGCGCUCCGGCCAGCGCCCCCACUCCAGCCGCCAGGGCGCGGGCGGCCUGUCGCGACAGCGGCGGUGCAUUGUGGGGCUUGUAGUGCGGGUCUCGGUUGGGUGGGUGGGCGCGGCCGAGGCAGUUCGCAGCGGGGCCAUCUUCGGCAGGCCGGCUGGUUCGGCUUGUGCAGCCGGUACCCGCUCCCCUCGCCCGGCCCGAUGGCGCCGCGGCCGCUAAGCCCGUUGGUGCUGGCGCUGGGUGGCGCGGCGGCCGUGCUUGGUUCGGUGAUCUUCAUCCUCUGGAAGACCUACUUCGGCCGCGGACGGGAGCGGCGCUGGGACGGAGGCGAAGCCUGGUGGGGCACGGAGCCUGCCCGCCUUCCGGAGUGGGACGAAUGGGACCCCGAGGACGAGGCGGACGAGGAGCCGGCGUUGGAGGAGUUGGAGCAGCGCGAGGUGCUGGUGCUGGGGCUGGAUGGCUCUGGGAAGAGCACGUUCCUGCGCGUGCUGGCCGGGAAGCCACCGCUGGAAGGCCACAUCCCCACCUGGGGCUUCAACUCCGUGCGGCUGCCCACCAAGAACUUCGAGGUGGACCUGCUGGAGAUCGGUGGCAGCCAGAAUCUGCGUUUCUACUGGAAGGAGUUUGUGAAUGAAGUAGACGUGCUGGUGUUCAUGGUGGACUCGGCUGACCGGCUGCGGUUGCCCUGGGCCCGACAGGAGCUGCACAAGCUACUGGACAAGGACCCUGACCUGCCUGUCGUCAUCGUGGCCAACAAGCAGGACCUGAGCGAGGCCAUGAGUGUGGUGGAGCUGCAGCAGGAGCUGGGCCUUCAGGCUAUCGAUAACCAGCGGGAAGUCUUCCUCUUGGCAGCCAGCAUUGCCCCUGCAGGAGCCGGCUUUGAAAAUCCUGGCACCGUGCACAUCUGGAGACUGCUCCUGGAGCUUCUCUCCUAGGCUGGUACCCACCUGUUCACCAGCCAGCCCUGGGACCCCAGUUCUGCUCCUCCUGCUUCUUCAUCCCCAGCCGGGGCCUGGGGCACAGGCUAUGUGGCAGCACUUCCCUUCUCCCCUCCUCGCCCUCUCAAGAGCAGGGCCUGGGCAAGGCCAGGAACCAUAUGGAAGCCUUGGUGAGCUAGCCAUGAGGCUGAAGCAGGGAGAUGGGUGAGGCUGAGGGUGGGAGAGAAUGGUGUCUUGCCCAUUCUGGGCUGGGAGUGAAUCCCACUUUCACCAGGGAAGGCAGCCUCGUCCUCUGACCUGUACAGUGAGCUGCUCAGCAGGGUUAGUUCUCCCUGCCCUAUAGGUCCCAGUGGUUGAGGACCAUUGUAGGUGUCCGAAGUAUGCCCAGUCUAGACCAUUCCCUCCUGGUGACUUCACACCCCUCUAAUGUGGGCAGGUUCUGGGCAGUACGCUGUGAGCUCAGACCCCCACUCCUGCAUUAUCCUCCAACCCCAGCUGGCUCAUGGCCUUGUGCAAUCCCUCCCUCUCUGGCCCCAGGGCCAUCCUUUUUAAAGAGAAGUGAUUUCUAUGUUUUUUUUCUAACUUGGAGAUGUAUUUCCCAGCCAUGAAGAUAAGAAGCUCAAGGACGAACCUAGAGAUCCUAGCAAGGAGCUUUCUGAAACCUCCCUGCUUCCCCGAGGUUGAGGCCUGGCCCAUCAGCCUCUUGACUACAGAGUAAGUGGUAUUCACCCGCUAAUCAGAAAAACUGAAAGCUUCCCCCAGCCACCCACCCCACCAAAAUCUGGAGACAGAAGCUGCUGCUCUUACACUAACUGUGCCAAUGCCCAUGUUUACAUAAGUCUGGGGAAGGAAGGAGCCUGCCUGUGUCCCUGGGAAGAAGACUGUCAGUGGAGUGGGACGUUGCCCUCCAAACUGCAUUUAUUUAUUUAUUUAUUUAUUUAUAAAAGGAACAGGCCAAAGUUUAGGCUCUGUUUCUAGGUGCUGUUAUUAAAACCCCAGAUGAUUGUCAUGGAAAAUUUGGAUCUUUGAGGAAAAUAACUGGAAUCAUGAAUGACAGUGUGGUAAGCUACAUGUGUCAGUGGAGACAAAGCUUGCACUCCCCUGACCCUCUGUGGCUAUAAUUGAUGUCAUAAUACUUCACAAUGAUCCAUAUGAACUUGAACUCCACCACUUGACCCAGUAGUCAAAGGGACACAAACUCUGUGUAGGUAACAUGACUCUGGGAGAGGCAAUUUCAUCAUAGUUACCCAAAUAAAAAGAAAUGAGAAUCAGCAGACCAACCAACAGGGUAGCCUUGGGUACAUCACUCAGCCUUUCUAGACCUGCUGAUUGCCCAGCUAAGGCAAAGUUGGACGGAAUUUCUGCUGUCCUCUCCAGUACACAUUCCACUAUUCUCCUGUUUCCAGUGAUCAGCCAGUUUAAGGACUGUCUCUGGAUUGACACUUCUCUUUAGUGCAGACAAAAGAAGGAGUCUUUUGUCUGUCAGGGGCCACUGAACUGUCAUCUCCACAAAUGGGCCUUUUUUUCAAGGAGAUAUCCAACUCAGUUUGCUUUUUAAUUGAGAAUAGAGAUUAUGUGCCUUUGUUUCAUUUGACCGGUGCAAAAGGGGCAGGCCAGGAAGGUGGGCUGUAGAUGUCUCAGAAUAGAAUCACUUUCUUUGAAAUUCUGAUUAACUUUCUGCUUUAAGAAGUGAUUUGACUGAUUUUAUUUUAAAUAUUUCGGGAAUGACUUGGGUUUUAGAGUAGACUUUGAAGCUCUGCUGACACUUUUCAUUUCGCCAUUAGAAGGUUGAGAGACUACUUCUCUGUUCUAUGAACUCCACCUUGUCCUCUAGUACUUAAAAGUUACCUUUGGAGCCAGCAUUGUUGAGGGGGGCACCCUUUUCUACUAAUUAAGAUCUGCCUUUGGUCUAAUGAGUAUCACUAUGUAGUAAGGUUUUUAAAGUCCCCACUGUGGGGAGGUGAACUUGACUAGAGUUUAACUAUAUGUACUUUAGUAACUUUCAAAGACUACUCUCAGAACUGACAGGUCCCAGUGGCACACCAGAAGACACCACUGAGGAGCACUGAAGGUCCCUGGUACUUGCACAGAGUGUAUAGACAUUCUUUUGGCCUGUGGCUGUGCCUCACGUAUGGAGCUGCUGGCCUGGCUGGGUGGCAUACAGUACUCAUCUGCUCCAGUUCCUACCAGGACCAGAUUGGGCAAAGUGGGGGAAAGGCCUUUCUUAGGAACAGCUAACUGCCUGGCCUUGUGGUGCUCUUACCUAGUUGUUCCUGAAUGUGACUUUGGUUCUGGAGCCCAGAUGACUGCUUUAGGGAACCAGUCAUUACCUGGAGCUGUUCAUCUCAAAGUGAGGUUCCUGACUAGCCUGGGUGAUGCUGUGUUCCCCCUACUGCCCUGACUCUACCUGAGCUUGGAAAUAGGGAGUGAAUGGCUGGGCAGCUGUCAUAUUCUAAUGAAGACAAUACAGUGCCCACUUCACAUGGGAAGGAAGUUUCUGCACCUACUUGCUGGUUGAACCUGUGCCUGGAUCACUUACCCUGGCUCUAGUGGCUUCUGUUCUUAAGAGUUAUUUAAAUGAAACCAUGGCUUCUGACCUGCUGCUAUCCCUCUGAAGAGAGGCCAGCCUGGCCCAGAGCUUGGACAUGUGGAUGGUCUAGGCAAGAGGGAUCCUGAGGCUGCUGGGACCAUCACCUUGGACUGGCUGCCUAUUCUAAGAAGCCUCCUCUGGCACUUCUUGGCGCCCAGAACUGCCCGUUGCAAGCUUGCACUGACACAUUGGUAUCCAGCUGUAAAGACUGGGGAGGAGGUGAAGUUGGUCCAUCCUGGCCUCCCGAUCCUCCACAGAGAAAUGCUAACGAAAAAUCUCACAACUCUAGCCUGUCUGUCUGAAUGAAACCCCAGGUUCUCCAAAAUAAUGUUUCCACUUGCCUUUGGGAAAGAAACAUUUUGUUCUUAUGCUAGUUUAGUAUCAACUGCCAGCAUCUCGAACCAGCUGCUAAAACUCGCCUGUGGUGUCCAUUGUCGUCCUCAUCCUGCCCCAGACCUCAGACCUGGGCAGUCUGAGCAGUCUGCCUCUCAUCUUUGCUGUGUGCUCCCACAUCCUCUAAGUCCUUUCUAGUAACUGAAAAGGGGCACCUCCAAGUUUUCCUGCUGCCUCCAGGAGGUGGGCCUAUUAAGGGACAAGGGGAAGAUUGCCAUCAAAGAUCUGAAGUAAAGGAGCCUUGCUGUCCCAGCCCAUGCCCUGUGAACACGGACCCACGAACUGCAUAAAACGGAGUGUUGGUGGCUGUUUAAAGUAUACAAUAAACGCAAAAAAGUUGGAUAUGG